GCGUUCGAACAGGUGUAGAGCUCACAUCCAAUCCAGAAAAAGAGAACUGCUGACGUAGGGGCUAUUCCCCACAGUGUCCAGGAGGGCGGAGUUACACCCGUUCAGCUCGGAGGUCAGCGAGCAUUUUGGAGGAACAACGACAGAUAUGCGCUCUUUCAGUUGUCAGACACGCUGUGCGAGGUGAAACUAUUUUACUAACUUUUAUUUACUAAAAACGAUCCCCAAAAAUCCUCAAAGUGAUGCGUUUCCUGCUCCUCUUCAGUCGCCAGGGCAAACUCCGUCUCCAGAAGUGGUUCACGCCCAUCCCCGAGCGAGAGAAGAAGAAGAUCAUCAGAGACAUGACCACCAUGGUGUUGGCACGGAAACCACGCUCCUGCAACUUCCUGCACUGGAAAGACCUGAAGAUCGUCUACAAGAGGUAUGCCAGUCUGUAUUUCUGCUGUGGUUUGGAUGCUGAGGAGAAUGAGCUUCUCGCCUUGGAGAUGCUGCAUCGCUAUGUGGAGCUGUUGGACAAGUACUUUGGCAACGUGUGUGAGCUGGACAUUAUCUUUAACUUUGAAAAGGCCUACUUCAUCCUGGAUGAGUUUCUAUUAGGGGGAGAGGUACAGGAGACGUCCAAACUAGUGGUGGCCCGCUCCGUCGAGGCCUCGGACAUGCUACAGGAGAAAAAGACACUGAUGGAGAUUAUCCUUCUAUUUCCUUUAUUCUUCAGUUACUACCAUGGAGGAAUACAUGAGCAAGCCUGCAUUCUAACACUGGGGGAAAUGGAUCUACACACACCAGAAGGAAUCUGGACAAUUACAGAACUGGAGGUCUUGUGUACAGAACCAUAAAGUUAUGAGUUGUAGAAUGAUAUGUACAUGUCUGAAUCUGUGUCCUGAGACAGGGUGUGUUUUAAAUUGGGAAGUGCAGUGAAAUGUAUCUUGUUUCUGCAAAUAGGACAAUAACAUGAUGACCAAUAUAUUGACACUCAAUGAUUGAGCUAUUAUCAAAUGUAUAUUGAUACUGUAUGAUCACCCAUCCCUCUGGAUCAUUGAUGUACAUUGAACUUACUUAAAACUGUGGUUAUGACAAUCAUAAUAUAUCACCAAGUACUUAAAUAAUCAAUACUCAGAUUAUUAUUAUUUUUUCAAAUAUGUACGCUGUAUUGACAUUUUAGAAAUAUAUAUUUGAAGUUGUGUUUUAAAUGUCUCUUGUAGCCUUUUUCUGUGUGACUUGGUGUAGGAUUACACCUUCUUGGAAAGGGAGUGGUUAUUUAUCUGGGUGAAUGUCACUGUUAUUUUUUUUUUAUAUAACUAAUUAUGGAUCUUGAAUGUUGAAGACUUUGGAAUUAAAAUGUGUAUUUUGAUACAGAAGCCUCUGGUGAUUGUAGACUAGACUAUUUGAUAUUCAUCAUUUUUGACGUUUUAUCUGCGGGUGCUGUCCAUGGUGCUGCAGUUUGAAACACAAACUAGAUAAACAUGAAUAAAACGAAGCACAAUCAGGAGAAUUAUGACUUUAUAGACAGACACUUUACUUUCUUUAUAAUCUUACCUGGAGUUCGUGUUGAUUCCGCCUUCACACUUUCAUUGUGGAAUCAAGCUUCAUUCAGAAGGCGUAUCUAAUCAUCACUGUCGGUCAAUGUAUGAUCAUUCAGAAGGCAUUUCUGAUCACUGUUGUAGUGAUCAGUGUUUAUUAAAA